CGUCAUCUCCAUCUUCUUCAAACUCCUUUUCUCUAACCACUUCUGGUUAGUUAUCUAAUUCUAAGUUCCAUAAGAUUCCCAAUUCAAUUUUUAAUCCCAAAUUCAUUUCAAUCCCCCAAAACAAAACUCUACAAUUUCAAUUCAAUUCAGAAAUUAGGGUUUCCAUGGAGGAGCUUCCUCUUCCAGCUAUGUUCGAGCAAGCUCAAAAGAUCCAUAUAACCGCCACGGAGUCCAGUGCUGAUCAGGAAGAAGGAUGUUGAGUGACUUGCCCAAUUGCUUCGUCAAGUCAGGUAUAUAUGUUGUAGAAUGGUUGGUAAGUUAUCGACUAAAUUACUGAACAUAAAUAUAGCAUCUCUUUGCAAGACUAAGCAAUUGAACAGAGCAGAGUCGGUUAUUAUCGAUGGAAUAAGGUUAGGAGUUCUUCCGGAUGUUGUCACUUAUAAUACGCUCAUUGAUGCGUACUCUCGUCUUAUUGGUUUUGAUGCUGCGUAUUCGCUCCUUCAUAGAAUGCGAGAAGCUAGUAUAAAACCGGAUGUUGUUACUUAUAAUUCUUUGAUAGCGGGUGCUGCUAGAAACUGCUUGUUGUCGAAAUCUCUUGACUUGUUUAACGAAAUGCUUGAUAAGGGUAUCGCUCCUGAUGUUUGGAGUUUUAAUACUUUGAUGCAUUGCUUCUUCAAGCUAGGAAAUCCUGAAAAAGCAAACCAGGUUUUCGGGUAUAUUAUGGAUAAUAGUCUUCAUCAUAUAUUCCCAUGUCCAACUACUAUUAAUACUAUGAUUAAUGGUCUUUGUAAAAAUGGUUAUACUACUCAUGCACUAAUGCUGUUCAGGAAUUUACAAAGAGUACAUGGUUUUGUUCCACAAUUAGUCACUUACAAUAUUCUUAUCAAUGGGUUGUGUAAAAUUAGGAGAUUAAGUGCGGCAAGGAGAAUAUUUAAAGAGCUUGCGGCAUCAGGAUAUGUACCAAAUGUUAUAACUUAUACUACAAUUUUGAAAUGCUGUUUUAGGCUUAAACGGUUUGAACAGGGAUUUGAGAUAUUAGAAGAGAUGUUUGAAAAGGGUUAUACUUUUGAUGGUUUUGCAUACUGUACAGUUGUUGGUGCUUUAAUCAAGAAUGGUAGGACUAAAGAGGCAGCUGAAUAUAUGGAGUUGAUGAUAAAAAAGGGCAUUCAACAUGAUCUAGCAUCUUACAAUACUCUGAUUAAUAUGUAUUGUAGAGAAGGCAAUUUGGAUGGUUCGUACCGAUUGCUGGAUGAAAUGGAAAAAGAAGGUCUAGAAUGUGAUGAAUAUACUCACACAAUUUUGAUAAAUGGGCUGUGUAGGACAGGUAAUACUUUGGGUGCAAAACGUCAUUUGCAGCAUAUGAACAUGAUCGGUUUCAGUUCACCAUUGGUUGCUUCAAAUUGUAUGGUUGAUGCUUUAUGCAAAGAAGGUAGGAUCGAUCAAGCUUUAGAGAUGUUUAAAUCAAUGAAAACAAAGGAUUCAUUUACUUACACUUCCUUGGUUCACAAUCUUUGCAAGGCUAGAAGCUUCCGUCGUGCAUCCAAACUCUUGCUGUCUUGUUUAAAAAGGGGCUUGCGAAUAUUACCAUCAGCUAAACGGGCUGUUAUUGAUGGCCUUCGUUAUUCUGGUUUUCAUAAAGAAGCAAGAAAGCUUAAGUCAGAAAUGCAAUUCAUUGUACAUCAAUGAUUUUUUUGUUGGCCACUUAGAUGCAGUCUGGAGAAUAAUUUGCUGGAAAAAUUCAAUAAAUCUGGUAAUCAUUCUUUUUGGUUUGAAGCUUGCCAGCACUGUGCCAAAUAUAACGCCCCAUUUUGUUAUCUACCAUGAUGUUUUCUGCUCUGUCACGAUGCGAAUUCAGGAUACAAGACUCAGGAACCUUUCAAAGGCUAAUUUUUAAUUCCAGUGGGCCACUUUUCUCCAAUUACAGAAACGAAGGAUACAAUUCAAGUUGGUGCUGAAGAUUCCAUCUGACAUUUGGAAAUGUUCUUGUGUAAGACUCAUUUUGCAUUACCUCGUGGUCGAAAUUGCGACUUUUUAUAUGAUUCAAGCUGCAUGGUAUUUUGAUGUUUACCUAAAAAAUUUGUAGAUAUAUCUAGACUUCUUUCCAGGCUUGGUCGAAGUCAGUUGGCAUUACUCGAUUUUACAUCUCUAUUUAUGCUAGCUAACAAUUUAAUCUGCAAAAUAGCUCAGAAGUUCACAGUCGCUCACUGGCCGAGUUGGUACAAGCAGUAGUCAAAAUGGCAGAGGAGACGACUUUCUCGUCUUCGUUUUACAACAGCAAAAUGUUCUUGUGCAAACUCCGCUAAAUUAAUGAAAUUUGUACAAACAACAUUCAAAGAUCUUCAAGACGGGACUAUAUGAUUGGUGUUUUAGGUAUGUAAUUUGGCAGUCCGCUCCAGGAAAUAAUGGUGGGAUUUAAUCUAUUCUUAUACGACCAUUAAAUCUUAUAGAACAGCCAUCAAAUGAAAUACUAUCUUCCAGAUGUUGCAAUUCAAAUUAAUUGUAGCAGAUUACAUUUUUUUGGUUAGAUUGUAGGAGAAGAAAUUUGAAAUCCCUUUUAAUGUAGACGGAGGCUUUGAUAAACACAGUAACUGUCAUAGCGUGGGAGUGGUUAUCAGAGAUUGCAACGGUAACGUGAAGGCUGCUUCUCACAGCAGAUACGCAGCGAGUGUCGAAGUGAGUAUCGGAGAAGCAAAAGCAAUAAGAGACGGAGUGAAGCUGGCAAUAGAAACUGAUCUUAUCCCCUUUGUUAUUCAGUCUGAUGCAAAGGACGUGGUGGAAUGUUUCAACAGACAAGAGUUGCCUCGUAAUGAAAUUGGUUUGCUUGUAGCAGACUGUUUGAAUCUUAAUUCUGAUAAUUAUUGUAAGGGCUUUGAUUUCAUCUAUAGUUAAAUAAUGUUGAUUAUCAGUUCCGGCAGGGGCAUGUCCCUCCUGAAAUUUCAUCUUUCGUUAUGGCUGAUGUCUCGGCUUUUUAGUCAUGAAAUUACUUUUCAAAAAAAAAAUUACAACCUUUCGCGUUUAUAGCCA